CAAUGAACUCUUAUGGGAAAAUUUCGUCUAGUAUUUCAGCGCCAUCUAAUAGUUUACCCUCUAUAAUUGUGAACUACGUAUCCGGCCAUGCGGUGCCAUGCGGGAUCAUUUGGGAUCAUUUGGAAUUGUUUGGAAUCAUUGUGCAGUGCGGUUGUGUUGUGUUGUGCAGUGUAACGUGGUGUUUUUAAUUGCCCUGGCAGUUACUGGUGUAUUGAAAUCGACUGAAUCGAAUUGAGCGUUAACGAUUAUUAACGAUUGUUAACGACAUCGAUUUUUGGAUCUUGGAGUACAAAGAUUCUUCAGGGAAUCUUAUUUUGGAGAUACCUAAUAUCUACUUGGAUAACUAAUAGCUGUGGAACCAGAUACAGAAAAAAAUUGGAAAAAUGGUGAAAGCUUGUUGCGUUCCUAACUGCAAGUCAGGUGUUAAAGUUCCUUCGCAUAAAUUUCCCAAAGAUGCAGAAAGAUGCUCAGCAUGGAUAAAAAAUUUGAAAUUGUAUGACUUGCAGAAUUAUUGUGCUAAUGAAUUGCAAAAAUAUAAAGUAUGCCAUAAGCAUUUCUCGGAGAAAGAUUAUAGCUGCUCUCAACGUAACCGAUUUCUGCUGAAAACAGCAGUACCUGCUUUGAUAAUGGAAAAUAAUGAUGUGGACAAUAUUGCAACGGAUAAUAAUGUGCAAUCCGUACCACCACAGAUUGAACAGGCAGAUAUUGAACAGCCGCAAAGUGAACAGCCACAGAUUGAGCAACCACAAAUUGAACAACCACACAUUGGUCAACGUGUAAUAGACAUGGAAAGAACAUUGCAACAGCACAAUGAAUUAUUAGUGCAUCAUGACGGUCUGUUGCAAAAUGAACAAGCAUCGUUAAACCAAAUGUUUGAGAAGAGGAUACAAAAUUUGGAAACACAGUUCGCAAAUACAUCCAAAGGAAGAAGACCAAAUUUACGACAUAUUACACGUGUUGUUCAUCUCAGUCCGAGAGCAAAGUCAUUGCAUAUUAUGAACGUAAAAUUGAGACGUAAAAAUAGAGACUUGAAGCGUCUUGCAAUAAAUUAUAAAAAAAACAAAGGCACAAUUUCUUUCACACAUACAAACGCAAGUAAUACUGUGAAAGAGAAAUUCGUCAAUAUGAUUUUAAGGAAUAAUGACGUUCCUGUUCAGCAUGGUAAUAACAGCCUGUCGACGGAGAACCCACGCGAUGACACGCCAAGGCGAAACGAGGACGCAGAAAAGAGAAUAUUCCGGAAAUACUCAGUGGGGCUUUAAGAGUAGUUUUUUUAGUUUUACCUAAGAGAGAGAGAGAGAGAAAGGACUAAAGUUACACGAAUUAAAUAAAAAUAUAAACAGUCAAGUAUAUUUAAAUUGACAUACCCAAGUCGCUGGUUUGUACAAAAUGCAUUAUGUUAUCUCAUAAUUUUCAUAAAGAUUUUGGUUAGAUUUCUUUUUAAGGAAUACGUUAAUUCUUUUUCUUUUUGAAUUAUUAUACUAUAUAAAUAAAAUGUAUUUAUAAAUUUA